AUGGGAUUCAAAUUCUCUUUCUUGUGCGACUUACUCUCCGACCUCGAAGCUAACAGGAUAGUGAAGGCGUCCACUGCAGCACGAAGCAGAGACCCCGAUAUUUCGACUAUAGAUUCCUGGUUCAAGCUUCACCGUAGACAGAUCGCUGAGAAGGACACGGAUCUUUUGGCCCUCCUUUCCUGUUUCUUUCCAGAGAAACGAACGGACAGAGUCUACUGGCUCCAAGAUGCCUCGCUGGCGAGAGUCAUUGCUCGAUGCCUUCUAUUAGGUGUCUCGAGAAAAGAAGAGCUCGACAGCUGGAGAGCCAGCGGAGGCAGUGACCUCGGCCAAUGUGUUGAGAACGUGAUGCGGCAAGCUGAAAAUUAUGUCCCAAAUGGCCGGGAACUCACACUGGAAGAAAUCGAUGCUGCUAUGGACAAGCUUGCCUCCAGAUGUCGGUUUUCUGGGCCCCGACUACGCAGACAGCACACAGCAGUCGACGUUGAGGACACACUUGGACCCCUCUAUCGGAGGGUGAGCAGUAGGGAUGCAAAAUGGCUUACUCGCCUGAUACUUAAGUCUUAUUGUCCGGUCAUGUUACCUGGAAAAUUCAUCCUGCAUAAGAUCCAUUUCCUCCUGCCUCACCUCCUUCUCCUACAGGAUUCGUUCGAAGCCGCUGCGGGUAUGCUAAGCACCAGUCCACUCAAUUGCUUCCAGCCAUGCCCAGAACCUGGAGUCGCUAGGUUACUGUGUGAAAACGCAAUCCAGUAUCUAAUUCCACGGAUCGGGAUCAAGGUUGGCCGGCCUGACUUUUAUAAAGCAAGAAGCAUCAAACACUGUUGCCAGAUGGUCGGCCGACGAAGAAUGAGCGUCGAGCGAAAAUACGAUGGAGAGUAUUGCCAAAUCCAUGUUGAUCUUUCCCAGCAGCCAGACUGCAUACAAAUAUUUUCUAAGAGUGGCAAGGACUCGACGAUUGACCGAAUUGGUAUUCAUAACGUGAUCAAGCAAUGUUUACGGAUGGGACAGCGCGAUUGCAUUUUCUCGCGGCGAUGCAUUCUAGAAGGAGAAUUACUUGUCUGGAGUGACAGGGAAGAAAAAAUAUUGGAGUUUCAUAAACUAAGAAAACACAUAACACGUUCUGGAGCGUUUAUUGGAACGGAUAGCGAUUCACAGCCACGACCUUACGAACACUUAAUGAUCAUGUUUUACGAUGUCCUAUUAUAUGACAAUGAUAUCUGUCUGGCGUGGCCCCAUCGGGAACGGAGACUUCUUCUUAAGAAGCUUAUUGCACAGAUACCAGGCCGGGCCGGAAUUGCAGAGCAGGAAGUCAUAGACUUCUCUCGUAGCGACAGCAAAAGCUGCCUUGAAAGGACCUUCGCUCGAGGGAUAGCGCAGCGAUGGGAGGGUUUUGUGCUCAAAUGUUGCGACGAGCCCUACUUUCCGAUACUUGCAACAGACAUGGACCAGACGUUUGGACGCUGGAUUAAACUCAAGAAAGACUAUAUACCAGGACUUGGUGACACCGUUGAUCUUGUGCUUAUCGGUGGGGGGUACAAUUCCCGAGAUGCUAGUGCUCUGAAGGGCAUUCAAGGUUUACUAUGGACUCAUUUCCAUGUCGGAUGUCUUGAAAAUAAGAAUGCCGUCUCUCAAUUUAACGCACUCCCUAAGUUCAGGAUCGUUGAUGUGAUCGAUCAUCACUCCUUGAGUCAAAAGUUUAUGCAUCUUCUGAAUUCUAUCGGCCGAUUUCGUGCUUGCGAACCGGACUCGAAUUCUGCAUUUAUUGUGCAAAAAGGCCGUACAGACCUGCCCGACAUGGAUGCCGCCUUUAAGGUCCCGUUUGUAGUGGAAUUGCUGGGAAGUGGGUUUGAUAAGCCCUCGAAUGCUUCAUAUUUCACGCUUCGCUUUCCACGGGUCCUAAAGAUUCACGUUGAUAGGGCCUUUGAGGAGACGGUUUCUUUUGCAGAGCUACAGGAGCUGGCAGAAAAGGCCCGCUCUGUCCCAACUGAUGAGCUAUUGCAGGAGACGGCCACCUGGAGGAAACGGGUGGAGCAUAAAGAUAACAGGUCAGAGUACAUAGUUGACAGGUCUCAGGAUACGACUGUGUCACGCUGCUCAACGCCUUCCGCGGCUUCUAUCUCACCAUCUUCCGUCUCACCGUCUUCCAGGCAGGUAUUGAGCACUAGUCCAAGCUUCCCCCGCCAUUCAUUAGUUACACACAGCCCAGGCACUAGUCCUCUGUGUCAAAAGAUACAAACAACAUGGGAGCGCUCACGCGCGCGGCCUGUUAUAAAGCGCCGUCUUUCCAGUGCUUUCCAAGAUGUUUCUGAAGAGGGUCAUCAGCGGAAGAACCAAAAAAUAUCUCAUGCCUCCGAACAGGAUAUCGUCAUUUUCACAGACAAUAGUCAAGUCUCUCUACAGGCCCAGCAGACAACUCCUCUAUCAAGUUGCGCUUUGACUUCCCUUGAUAACAUACAGCCACGGAAGGACAGUGCAGAUUUAGGGAGCCGUGGUUCAAUCAUGAUGGCAUCGGUUCAGGAUGAGAAUUCAGUUUCACAGCGGGCUACUUCACAUCAACUUCAUGACAAGACGGAAGUAAUCGAACGGAAUAGAUCCACUGUCGUACAGGAAACAGGAACAGUCAGUGUCCCACAGAAUCCUGAUAAAGCGAUUCCCGUCAAGAUUUGCCUCAGAUCACCGCUCACUACGAUUCCUAUUUAUAUUGGUCGAUCCCUCUCUUCAAACUUAGAUGGGAGGAACCAUAUACCAGAAACACGAGAAUGCCGAGUCACCUCCGAUGCGUGCCACUUCAUUGACGAACUAGUCAAUACGAAGACCCGACAAGCUUUGACUAGAUCGAACCCUGCUGCAGCUUCUGCGAAUGUUGCGCUAGGGGUCGUUUUUGUCGACAUCAACCGCCGGAAAAGGCUUCUUGAUGAGAUAUCGACUAUAAGCACCGAGCUUGCGACCCGCAUAUCGACCACCCAGCAGGAGGUACCUUCCAAAGGUCAUCUCUUUGUGCUAGAUUGGCGACUUCUGAAAGACAGAACAGACAUCGAAUCCAGCAGAUUUUGUCUCAGACAGACAUGGAAACAAAUAGCUAUGGAUCACUUCCAUUCAUGCAUCACAUGGGACCACAAUCUCAGCCCAGGGAAUGUAGAUAGACUCCAGGUUGAAGCACAGGGCCCGGCGGAACCGAGAUACUCAUUGGCCGGGCAAACAGGCAUGGCUCCCGGAGGCGAUAACAAGGUUAGCACUACUAUCCACAUGGCGUGGGAUUGCACUAUGCUACAAGGUCUCGGGGAGUUCCUCUCCAUUGAGCCUCUAGUCCAUGUAAAUGGUGACCUCUAUGUGGACACCAAGGCCUCUGUCUGA